AUGGAACUCUUGAAGAGGACGACGGUGUUCCGCAUCGAGCAGCAGACGAAGGACAUCCCGCCGGAGGAUGUGACGGACAUCUCGCUCAGCGACGUGCCGCUGCUGGCGGACCGCUUGACAUGCUUCACCACCCUAACGCACCUCACGCUGGUGUCGAUGAAGCCGAAGAUCAAAACCCUGCUGUCGAUUCCACUUGCCACGUUCCCGGCGCUGCGGAUGCUCGACGUGAGCGACAACGCCAUCGCCGUCGCGGAGGACCUCCCGACGUGCCCAGGCAUGAAGAAGCUGUUCGUUGCGAACAACAACAUUGCGGAGUGGGCGGAGCUCGAGCGGCUGGCAGCGGCCUUCCCCGAAUUGGAGGUGCUCGACGCCACAGACAACAAGGUGGACGAGGCGUCACGAUUCGGCGACAUAUUUGCGUUGUUCCCGCGCCUCGCGGCGCUUGACUCCAAGUGCAGGACCGGUGAGGAGGUUGUGGUGGCGGAUACGGAUGAGAGCAGCAGUAGCUCUGAGGAGGACGAAGAGACCACGGACUCAUUCAUAUCCGCAGGUGAGGAAGAGGAGAAGGAGGAAGAAAGAGAGAAGGACAAUAAGCGGCCGCGGCAACAACAGCUGGAUGGGGAGUCGAGCAGUGAUGAGUGCAAGGCACCUCCUGCGAAGGCAGCCCGAAAGGAGUAG